AACAUAUGUCUAUACUCAAUGAAUUUUCUUUUCAGGAGUAUGUAAUGUAACAAAAGAAAAUACGUAUAAAGGAUUUUUAUUAAAAUGUCAAGAUAUUUGGAAAGAAUACAAACAAUAUUAAAAAAUGCAGAUAGUAAAAAAAUCACAGAUAAAAGGAAAUGCGUUGUAGAUUUAUUAGAAUUAUACGACAAUGAAGAAGCAAUACUAGAAAUUUGUAAAAAUACUGAGAGAAAUGAAAGAAAAGAAAGUAUAAUAGAUUGGUCGUACAUAAUACAUAUUGUUCAUAGGAUAUUAUUAAACGAAACAGAUAGACUUGCUAAUAAAGAUACUUGUAAUAAAACAAUAGUAAAUGAACGAAAUAAAACAUGCAUACUUAUACAAAAAACGUUCCAAUAUGCAAAUUGUUAUAAAGUGCCACUAUUAAAAUGCAAAGAUAUAAUGCCUUUAGUUUUGCAAAUUCUAGGAACAAAUAUAUUUGAACAUUACCAUGAUAUUUAUAUAAAUAUGCUAAUUUCUUACAUACUUCCAUUUAGAAUAUAUCAGGUGAAUAUGAUACCUAAGCAUUGGGAAGAACUGUUAAAAAUAUGUAUAAAUUUAUAUAAACGUAUGUCUUCUCUCACAAGUAAAAGAGCUGUUUUGAAUGCUUUGCAAAUGAUUAUUGAGUAUGGUUGUUUGUAUUCGAAUUUAUCUUUAAAUGUAGAAGAAAUACUAUUGUUUUUAGAAAGUAUUUUACUUGAUGUAAAAUUAAAUGAAGAAAUUUUAGCUGAAUCUGGUUAUAAACUUACAAAUAUAAUAUGUCAACAAAUUGCAAUAGAAUAUAGAAUUACAUUGUGUCAUUUUAGUGAAAAUAUUUUACCAAAUAUAAUCAGCUUAAAAGGUUCUACAGAGAAAUACAAGCUUCUACUAUUUUUUGUAAAAAUUCAUCAUCCUAAAGGAGUACACACAAUCUGUAAUGGUGCUUAUUCUUAUGAUUGGAAUAAGUGGCACAUAAUUCUUAAAAGUAUGUAUCUAAUGAUUUUAAAAGAUCUAAAAGCAGACAUACUUAUAAAGAGUUUUCUUUGGCUUGCAGCUGAAGUUUUUAAACAAAUAAUAGAGAAUCCAAAUUUGAUUAUCGAAGAAAAGUUAUUCAAUGAAUAUGAUUAUAUACAACCAGUAAAACGCAGACGAAUUGCUGCCAAAAUAAGUGGACCAGUUGAUAUCCUUAUUGAUAAUAAUCCAGAAGAAGCUUGGCCCAUGAUACAAAUUUUAACAAUAUUACUUAAACGACAUCCUGAAUGUUUAAAAUCAGAAGAUUAUCCGACAUUCUUAAAAAUCUUAGUAAAUCUUUUUACGCUAUCUCGUAAAGAAGAAAAUAUCAUGAAUAAUUUAUAUGAAUUAGCUGCUGUUUUAUUAGUGAGUGAAAAAAUAUAUUCUAUAAUAGAUAUAGAAAAUUCAAACAUUUACUGGGAUCAAAUAUGGGAUAUUCUAUUAAGAUCUUUGAACAUAAAUCAGAAUGAAAUAUCAACUCAUAAGCUGACACAGCUUUUUAUAAUACAUAAUAAAAUAACAAAUCCAAAUGCACUUCUAAAACUAUAUUUGACAAAUGUUAUUAAAUGGUCUAUUAUGAGUGUUCGUACAUUAAUAGUAGUAUGUGAACAUUUACCUUUGCCUACUGAUAUGACAGUGUUUAAUACAAAUGUAUAUUCACCAGCAAUAGAUACAAAUUCUGUUAGGUCAUGUCUUAUAAAAUGGAUAUUAAAUAUUCCUUGGCAUAAAAUGGCAACACAAAUAAAAAUUGAUGAACUGUGUUUAUUACUUAUCAGUAUAACAUUAAAAUCAAAACAUCAAAAACAAAUAAAAUUCAGUGAACUGAAUGAUAUUAACAACUUAUGUGAUUGCUUAAAAAAUGAACAAAAUACUGAUACAUUUUGUGAACAUAUUGAACAAUAUUAUUUACUAUUAACAUAUAAAAAAAAUAUAUUCUCUGAGGAAAGCAAGGAAAAAAAUUCUGAAGAAAAACCAAAAGUAAAUGAACAUGUAUUGUUCAUGGAAGAUAUUGUAACUUAUUUAAUGAACAGUUUACAUAUUAUUAUAGAAAAUGAAAGUGGAAAUGACGAUCUUCAUAUAGUUAUCAUAAAAAUUACAAUAAUAGGAAAAGUUAUAUCAAUGAUGAAAGAAUUAAACAUGGUACCUAAAAAUAUAGAAGAGUUGUCCUUGGUACAAGCACUGAAAAAUUAUAUAAAUUUUGCUUAUAGUUCAUUAGAGAAAUUAAAUUCAAGAAGCAAGUAUGCUUACCUUCUCAACGUAACAAAAGUACUUAAUAUAUUGUAUGAAACAUCAUAUGAUGCCGAUGUAGCAGAAAUAAUUGUCACAUCUACAACAUUGGAUAUGUUGAAAAAUAUAUUUAAUUUAAUGAAUAUCGAAGACAAUGAAAUUAGACGUAAAUAUUUAGAUAGAGAAGUCAUUCAAAACCAAUGCGACUUUUGCAACAAUGGUACAAUUAGAAUACAAACAACAAAAGCUUUAACAUUGUUUUGUUGCAUAAAUGUAGAACAAAAGAGAAGUGAAAUUCAAGUAAAACUUAUGAAUAAUUUGCUUAAAACUGAUAUGUAUGAUCUUUCACAUACAGUUGAUUCUGCAAUGGCUAUAACAGUUUUAAAAUCUUUGUUAAAGUAUGAUAAAGAAGAGUUAUGGCAAAAUCACGAAGAACUGCCAUUGAAAAAUCUGUUGAAAUUGUAUCGUAAAUGUUAUAAGGACGAAACAGUUAUGCGUUAUAUAUUGAAUAUUUUUCCAUAUUUUUUUAAUUAUGCCAUAGUUUACAAUUACCAGUUGGAUGAUUUAAUGAAUAUUAUUGUCCAAUUUAAUAAGUUGCGAUCUGAAAGAAGAUAUGGCUUUCUUGCUCAUAAAGAAUUUGUUAAAUGCCUUUCAGAAAUUAUUUAUAUCAGUCCUUCUCAUUUUUAUUACACUGAUACUUUAAAUCAAAUGCCAAUAAUUGAAGGAAUUUUAUCAUCUCUUAACAGUCCUUCAUUUCUUGUUCAAGUGCAAAUAAUUAAAUGUAUACAAAAAAUAUAUUCUUCAAAGAAUAUUAAUUUCGAAAAUAAAAAGAUAUUAUUUACAGAAAUAGAAAAGUCAAUAGAUAAAUUGAUUAUUAACAAUGAAAACAAUGACAAAAUAAAAAUAGACAAGAAGAAAGUUAUAACAGCAAGUGUUUCACUAAUGCUUGCUGCCAUAAUAUCUACCAAUGGAACAUUUCAGUGUCAUGCUUUAUUAACAAUGUUACGCUUUACUAUUGAUAAAAAAGUAGAGAGUCAAAUAAUUUCAAGAUCAAUAGACAUUAUGUCAAAUCAAAUGAAUUAUUUGGACAUCAUGGACGAAAAUUUAAGUUAUUUAAUGACAUACUGGUUUAAUUCAAAAUAUUCAUUACACUUAUUUCCAUGGAAUUUAACACGAUGUAAAUCAGAAGAACAAUUUUAUAAAACACAUAGUAACAUAAUAGCAUUGAUUAAAUUUCAAAAUUUAGAAAUUUCUAAUGUUGUUUCCUUUUGCAAUUCUAUUAACUUAUCAUUUGAAGAAACCAUUGAAAAUAUUUUUCCACAAAUUUUAUCAUGGUUACUAUACUGUAUUAGUGGGAAUAAUGAAAAUGUAUCAGAGGAAUUGGCAUGUAAAGUGUUUAAAAAAUUAAUAUCAAAUGAAAAUGAAUUUGCUAGAACAAAGAAGUUUUCUAAUUUAUUUAGAGAUAAAUUUGAAAAAAUAUUGAUAUUUCUUAUUGAAAGAUUACAUGACGAAGAUUAUCUUGAAGAAAUAUUAGGAGAAAGAAUAUCAUUUGCAAUAUCAGAUCCUCCUCAUUUUAAGAAAGAAAUAAUAAUUACUUGUUUAAAGUACAUGGAAGAAAACUUUUUAAUACAAAAGAAUUCUAUACAAUAUGUUUUGGUGUGUAAUUAUCCAAGUAUAUUACAAAAAAUAUUAUUACAUUUAAUUAAUAACGUCUAUAAAAGAGAAUUCGAGGAACAUAAGAUAAAAGCUUUUCAUCAGUACUUAUUUUUUUGUACAUUAAUUAUUAAAGAGUUGAAACAAGAAUAUUUCAAUACACUGUCUAUGUAUAUCAUAAAAGAUGUUGGUUACAAUUUACUUCAUAUAAUUAAAUUACAUGAUAGUAUUCUUCGUAAAUUAGCAUGUAAAUAUUUUUACGAAUUUGUAACACAUAUUUUACAUGUAAGAAGUGAACAAAUCAAGGAAAUUUUGAAUUUUACCGUCAUGACUUUAACUCCCAUAGCACAAACAGAAAAGAUGCCGAUAACUUUAGAAAUACUAAAGUUCUUAAUAAUUGAUCAAAAAGAAAUAUUAUGUGAUGCAAUAGAGAAAUUGAAUUCAUUUCCAAACGUACCUAUAUUUCUAGAAAUACGAAAAGUUCAUAAUGAUUUGAAAUAUAAAGCAAACAAAAUUUAUAGUUUAGAACAAGAAAUACAACAUUUUUUAUGUACAGUUGCUGAUAGGGAUAUACAUUAUAGUAUAGAAGAUAUUACUCAUUUACAAAUACAAUUGUCUACAAGAAAAGAAGAAUUACGAGAAUUAUAUGAUAAACUUGAAACAUUUCACGGAUUCUCUGAAGAUUGUACUUUGAGCAUAUUGCAUCAGUUGAUAUAUAAACUUAUAAAAUUGACAGCAUCUUCUGAUAUAAAUGUUUCAAUUGAAGCUGUGAAAUGUUUAGGCGAAUUAGGACCAACUGAUUUGACAUCAAUGAUAUACUUUGAGAAAAGUCACGUUAAAGAAUCUUCUGACUUAAUAGAAAUACUAUCAUAUAAAAUAAUAACAAUAAUGGUACAAUUUUUAUUUCAAAGUGAUAUUGAGUUUCGAAAAAUUAGUGCUGAUAUAUUGCAUGUUAUAUUUUCGUCUUCUUGGGGACAAAAGCUGUUAAAUACUAAAUAUAUGGAACAUCUAAAAACUGUUUUAAACGAAUCACAGUCAAUAUUACCUCUAUGUUAUAUUCAGCCAUUUAUAAAUAACAAACAUUCAAAAAUGAGUAACAUUGGUGUAAACUACACAAAAGUUUAUGAUAUUAUAACUCCAGAUAAUAUUAUUUGGACGAUUCAGUCUGAUGGAUCAUAUACUACUUGGAUUGUAGAAUUAACAUGUAGUGUUUUAAAGUGUUUUACAGGAUUUUAUUCUGAAAAUUUGAUUCCUAUUUGUACAUUAAGUACUGAGUUUUGUGAAAUAAUCUUACCAAGAAUUAUUUUUUUAAUACUUUAUAUAGAUAAACAUUUUAUGAGUAGUAUAUGUUUAUGUAUUAAUAAAAUUUUUGAAUAUCAUUUUAAUUUUACAAACAAUUUAGAAACAAGCAUUUCUUCACAAAAAUUUACAUAUUGUGAUCAUCGUAUUGUACGUUGUAUGUUAAAUAUUGUUAAUUAUAUUAGAAUGCAAGUUUCAAAUAAUGUUUUAAAAUUGAAUUAUAUAUAUAUUGCAAAAGCUGCCAAAUAUUGUUCAGCAUUUUUUACUGCAAUAUUAUAUGCAGAAAUGUCCUGUGAAACUAUCUUAAAUGAUUACAACAAAUUUCAAACUUCAAAAAUUGAUUAUGUCUAUGAAAUAUCACCCGAAGAAGGAAAAGUGAUACAGAAUAUACUUAGAGAUUCUUACGCCAAAAUAGGUGAUUUUGAUGCAAUUGAUGGUACUGGUUCUUCACAUUUACAAGAUCAUUCUAGUCGUAUUCGGCAUUAUGUACACACAAACAAAUGGGAUAAAGUAAUGCUUGCACAAGAUGUUGAACUUUCUUCUGGAAAUAUGACAGUAAUUAAAGAAAUGGCAAAUGGAUUAUACCAAUCUGGUCUUCAGUAUUUGCUUAGCAAUUUUAUAUCUACUAUGUCAAAUAAUGGUGCAAAAAUAGAUGAAGAUAUUCAAUAUGAAUGUGCUUGGCGACUUAGUAAUUGGAAUAUUUGUGAGACAAACCAGUCUUUAUACACACAAAGUAACUGCAAUUUAAAAUUAGAAAUAACUGAACAUGAUUAUCAUUUUUAUCAUUAUCAAGCAUUAAAAUAUUUUCAUGAAGGUAAUAAAACAGGUAUUCAGGAUGCAAUUCAAAAUGCUCGCACAAGUAUUAUUAAAGCCCUUAGAAAUAUUAGUCUAGAAAGUAGCAAAACUAUAUAUGAAAAGUUAAUGCACUUACAAUUAAUUAAUGAAAUUGAGGAGUUAAACUUUGCUAAGCAAGAUGAAUAUGACAAACUUUUAUACAAGUGGCAACAGCAGGAUGUUGUAAAUUUUAAUGAAUUUGAAUAUAUUGAACCCAUUUUAACUCAAAGAACUGUUAUGUUUCAAAUAAAUAAUACUUUAACUAAUAAUGAAGAUAUUAAGAGUGCACUUUUUAAUACAUAUUUACAAAUAUCAAAAAUAGCAGCAGAUAAAGAUAAUUUGCAUUGUGCUACACGUUCAUUAGCCAUCUUAACAAAGCAAAAGGAUAUACCAUCGAAAAUUCAAGAUCAAUUACUUUAUCAAGAAUCUCUAUUAGCACGACUCACAAAAGAUUUAGAUAUUGGACGAUUCCUUUUACGUAACUUGAUGCAAAAGAAAUCUUUAGAUGCAAGCUUACGAGCGCAGAUAUUAAGAGUUUAUGGAGAUUGGAUGGCUGAAACAAAAUCAGAAAAUCCCCAGAUUAUAAUACAAAAUUAUUAUUUGAAAUCUAUAGAAAUAAACACAUUAAUUAAUACACAAGAUACUGAGACUAUUAAAGAUUUACAUGAUACACAAGUAGCUUUAGCUCGUUUUGCUGAUAAUCAAUUUCAACAAAUUAGUUCAUAUAUAAAUUCUCCUCAAUUUGAACAUCUAAAAGAAUGUGUUACUUACUCUGGUAAAGGAAUUAAUGUACCUUCAAUUAACGAGGAUAAAUAUAUUAGAAGUGCAAUGAUCUUAAAUCAAAGACAAAAUACAAAUGAUGUUGCAGAGCUGGAACAUAUACAAAAAGAAAGAGAUAACUAUUUGAUUUUGGCAUUAAAGUAUUAUUUAAUAGUACUACAGCAAAGCGAAAACUAUAAUUUGCUGAUAUUUAGAAUAAUUGCACUUUGGUUAGAUAAUAUAUAUCAAAAAGAAAUUAAUGAUUUAUUACAAGAAAAUCUUAACAGAAUACCAUCUUUCAAGUUUAUUCCACUUGUGCCACAAUUAGCUGCGCAUAUGAAUGAUAAUUUCAACGAAUUUUCUGAAAAAAUAUAUAAAAUUAUGCAACGUUGUGCUUUAGAACAUCCACAUCAUACGUUACCAGUAUUAUUGGCGUUAAAAAAUUUACAUGGUGAUUAUGAGUAUAAUACAGUUAAAAAAAAUAGAAUACUAGAACCAAGAGUUCUUGGUGCACAAAAAUUGUUGCAAGAAUUAACAGAAUCAAAUAUAAUUUCAAUUAUACAAGAAAUGGAAAAAUUAUCACAUGCUUUAGUUAUGUUAGCCAAUCUUGCAACUACUUCAAGCAAAUCAGGUUGUACGAUCAAAAUACCAAAAAAUCAAAACAUUUUAAAAAUUAAAAAUUUUGAAAACAUAUUUGUACUAACAUUAACAAUUGAUGUACGGCCGCUUAGAAAUUACAACAAUGUUAUUGGUAUUGCUAAAUAUACAGAAUCAUAUGAAACUGUUGGAGGUAUAAAUACUCCAAAAAAAUUAACUUGUAUUGGUACAGAUGGCAUACAUAGAUAUCAGUUAAUAAAGGGAAAAGAUGAUUUACGACAAGAUGCUGUAAUGCAACAAGUUUUUAAUGUAAUGAAUACACUGUUAAAAUCUUAUAAAGAAACUAAACGUAGAAAAUUAACGAUUAGAACCUACAAGGUUGUGCCAUUAACACAGAGAUCAGGAAUACUUGAAUGGUGUAAUAAUACGAUGCCUAUUAUAACUAUAUUGAUAGGUUCAAAUACUUUUCCAGGACUUUGUAAGAAAUAUUAUCCAAAGGAUUAUACAGCAAAUAACUGUAAAGAAAAACUAGCAGCAGUGGUAAAAUCAUCAACUGAUAUGAAGUUGAAAGUAUUUAUGGAUUGCUGCGCACAUAUGCAUCCAGUGAUGCAUCAUUUUUUUUCUGAAAAAUAUUUAUCACCUGAAACAUGGUUUGAACGUAGAUUAGCAUAUACACGCAGUAUAGCAACAACAUCCAUGGCAGGAUAUAUUUUAGGAUUAGGAGAUAGACAUUUAAGUAAUAUCUUAAUUGACCAAACAACUGCUGAAGUAAUUCAUAUUGAUUUUGGUAUAGCAUUUGAACAGGGAAAGGUAUUACCAAUUCCUGAAACCAUUCCGUUUCGACUUACACGAAAUAUUGAAGUAGGAAUGGGUGUAUCUGGUGUAGAAGGAACAAUGAGACAUUGUUGUGAAAAAACAUUAACCGUGUUACGCGAUCAAAGACAAAUAAUCAUAACACUGCUUCAAGUUCUUAUAUAUGAUCCAUUAUUUAAAUGGACUAUAACUCCUGCUAAAGCACAUGACAUACAGAGUGGAACAUCAUCAAGAUUAGUUGAAAAUAAUCAGUGUGUUAGAGCAAUUAAUAAAACAGCAGAAAGAGCUCUUUUAAGAAUAGAACAGAAACUACAAGGUACUGAAGAAGGAUUAGCAUCUAGUGUAUCUGGUCAAGUUGAAAGACUCAUACAAGAAGCUCAUGAUCCUAUUAAUCUUUGUCGUUUAUAUUGUGGAUGGCAACCAUAUCUAUAAUCUUAUAUUUUAUAAUUAAAAAAAAAAUUUUUGAAAUGUGAUAUAAAAUUAGAAAUUAUUAUUAUUAAUAACUAUUUUAAGAGCAAGAUAAAUUAUAAACAUC